GAGGUAAAGCAGCUCGUGUAGUCGUACCGCCGCCACAUAGGAGCCAGUCUCACUGAGAUAGGGGUCACGCUAACGCUGCUGCCACUCUACCCUUUCUUCAUUGCCAAUUACAGCCAGUGUGACGCCAGUUAGGCUAUAAGCCUGUCAGCUCGAUGACAUCCGGACAAUACUCCUCCAUCCGUCUCAGUCUUCAUAUUCUCUGUUCUCCAUCACCUCGAUCAUUGUCUUUCCUCUUCUGCAAUCAAGCAGCAGCAGCAGCACCAGCAGGAUGUCCACCCAGGUCACCGUACACCGGAUGGUCACUACCACCACUACCUCCGCCUUCCUUAUCAAUGUGGGCUAUCUUAAGACCUUCCCAGGAAUACUCAAGAUCUUCCAAAUCCUGCUUGGUUGUGUGGUGGUAGGCAUCACGGGUCACUACAUCCACUGGUCCACCCGCUCAGAACAGGUGGUGCCAGAACUGUUCUUCCUGCUCAUAGCUACCACCUGUCUCAUCACAACCUCCCUCCUGCUCUUCUCAUGUCUGUGUUCCAUCGCCACAGCUUCCAUUAUCCCCAAGACGCUCUUCGAGACGCUGUAUCACAUAGCAGCCUUGAUGCUUUACUUCGCCAGUGCUCUUUACCUCCUCAUUUACCUCACCAACAAAACUUAUCGAGAAACCUUCUAUGUGGCCAAGACAGCAGCCAGUGUUGUGUUGUUACACGGUACAUUGUCGUAUCUUCUUGUGUGCGCAUCCAUUAAUCUUCUGAGGGAGGUGGUGGCCAGGAACGAAAAAUAUAAAAUAUACGAAAGAGGCUACAACUCUAAAAUAUUUUCAGGGGCAUUGGGACUAGUGAACUGUGCUCUCUACAUCCUGUCCAGUGUCUACUCUAUCCGCACCUUCCGCAGAGGCUAAGUUCAGUUAUGAAAAGGCUGGAUUUGGCCUCCAGAAGAAAGGAACUAUACACAACUUGAAUGAGAAAGCUGCAAUACACCUAUGAUUAAAGUUAGAAUAAUGAAAAUAUUAUCAAGGUAAAAUAUUAAUAUGUGAGAUUCAUAAAUUCCAAGAUUGAUGCUGGGUUUAUGGGGAGGAACUUGUAUUAUCCACUGAAGGCAAGACUUUGAGAUCUGGCAUGAUGUCAUCUUUGAUACUCUCUUUCACGUCUGUAAAGAAGCUUCACAGUAUUCAGCUACUGAGGAGUCACAUGAAUAAUGCUUUAUGUUGUUGGACUUCUAUUCACAGUAGCUAUUUAAGCUUUUAGAUAUAAUUCUGAACUUUUGAGAUGAGCAGUCUAUGUUGAAAUAUUAUGAAAAAAAUAUAUAAAUAAAUAAAUAAAGCAACACGUAGAACAAUUUAUGAAAAUAUGGAACUAUGUUAGCAUUGCUGGUUCUGAGUUGAAAGUAAGAAGUUUGUCACCAGUGACUAAUAAGAAGACCAGCUAUAAACUUGAAGUAUUUUAUAGAAGACCAGCUAUAAACUUGAAGUAUUUUUCAACACAUUGUAACAUGGGGCACUUUUGAUGGUUAAAGGAAUAAGGCACAAACAUGACUUAUUUAUUAUUAAGAAAACCCAUUUUCCAUUUUGUAAUCAGACACUUAUAUGAUACUUUUGAACUAUAUAGUGUAUAUUUUUCAAAGCCUCAACAAAAUACUUAUUUUUUUACAUAAUCAGAAUUGUAGCUGGUAUUUAACAGAUAACCAAUAGAAACAGUAUUUGGAUAUUUUUUCCUUGUGUGUGUGUGUGUGUGUGUGUGUGUGUGUGUGUGUGUGUGUGUGUGUGUGUGUGUGUGUGUGUGUGUGUGUGUGUAUGAACUAAAACAUCAGCUUUGAAUAUGAUUUUUAUUUGCAUUAGAGACCUGAUUGCUUGUUCCCAUAUAAGUGCCAAGGAUGUGAGUCAUUUAUAUACAUACAUGGCAAUUGCUGCUGAUAUCAGUUACCUACAAAAAAGUAAUAUUUGAAUGAUGAAGUGGCAUAGAUGUAAGGUAGAAUGACUGGAAUGUUUAAUUAGAACCCAAAUGCUAAAUGAAAGUGGAGGUUUUGAAAGAAACAAACUCCAUGUCUUGUCUUGUAAAGCAAAUAAACUGCAGCUUUAUAUAUCUUUAUAUAUCUUUAUAUCUUGUAUGAGCAAAAGACCUUAUCCUCCUGCAAGUACUUUUACUAGCUUGCACUUGCUCUGUGCUAACUACAUGAUAUGUCUAUCUAUAUAUUUAUUUAUAAGUGACACCUGCUCAUAAAAACUCUCUUCAAGGGGAUGGCUGUAGUAGAAGGGUUUCCAUUUAUUCCUGUCUUUGCAUUCCAUCCUUCUAUAAUACUCUAAUCCUCUCAUUGUCCUCUCACCAAUCCAUCCUUCUCAUUCUCCUGUCACCAGUGUUUCUCACCUAUAUCCCAGCAAUCCCAUUCAUUCGGAUACUGUUCUCCUGCACACACCACAAUAGUCAUACUCUAUAUUAAUACUCUCUUAGUCAUCUCACUUUCAGUCAUUCAACCUUCACAGAGCAGUAUGAAAGAAAUCUGUGAUUUAGAUGAGGCAUGUGAUUGUAAAUCUCAAAUAAUAAAGGAGAGAGAGAAAAAAAAUAUUGCUGUACUGUGUGCAUGCAGGAGGUUCACAGGAUUUUGCUCAGAUACAAUGCUUGUAGUCAGCAAGAAUUCAGUGUUGUGCUUUUAACCUGAGAUUUACAGACACAUGAAACCAAGGUCGUGGCAAAAUUUACCUUUUAUAUAAUCGUGUGGCUUUGGUUUUAUGGGUUUUAAAUUAAAAUCUUGAGGUUUGCCAGUUGGUUGUUUGUGGAUUAAUUUUUUGGAAUGUAUUUAAUACUUAAGCACAUAAUAUAUAUUUUCAUGUGUAUGUGUUGUACAUUGCAUUUUUUUGUGUCAAUCAAGUAUGGAGAAUUUUUUUUUUUUUUUUUUUUCUGAAAAAUGCAAGAUAACUUGACCAUUUAAUUACUAUCAUUAAUUUAUGGAUUAAGGAAAUGUAGUUCCCCAAAGCAUACCCACCACCAAAAAAAGUUUAUUAAAGCUUUAUGUCCUUUAUGGGUACAAAGCUUUCAUGAAGUGUUGUCAUUAGUUAAGUUCAGGGUUUAUGUGAUGUAAAUCAUAAUACUAUAUGUGUUAUGUAGUUUGAUUAGGAAAGCUUUGCCAUAUUUUUUGUUACAUCUUACUUUUUUUUUUUAUUUAUUUAUUUAUUUUUAUGCUGCAUCAUUGUUGAAAAUUGUGGCAGAUAUGUGGCUUUCUGUGAAAUGUGAUGAACAGUUUAUUUUGCACUGUUUUACCAUACUGCACUGGAAAUGUGUUUUGGUCAUAAGACAAUGUUCAAAAAUUCCAUCUUGUUCUUCCUGCAAAAAAAAAAAAAAAAAAAAAAAAAAAAAAAAAAAAAAAAAAAAUAUAUAUAUAUAUAUAUAUAUAUAUAUAUAUAUAUAUAUAUAUAUAUAUAUAUAUAUAUAUAUAUAUAUAUAUAUAUAUAUAUAUAUAUUAAUUAUGGACUAUAGUAUUUUACAUAAUUCAGAUGAAAUUAGCAUCAAAGGUGCAUAGUUUUGGUAAAUUGGGAAAGUGAUCCCUACUUCAGUAUGUUAUUCAACAUACAACAUGUAACCAAACAUGUAACCAUGUUGAACAAUGCAUCAUAGCAAUGUUAUGAUUUCCGAAUUCCAUCAGAUAUUUUUUAAGCAAGCACUGAAGGUGAUUCACUCCUUUGUAGGCUUUACAGCAAUGUGUCUCAUUAUCCCGCUUUUUGUUACAUGUAUUGAAAUUUAGAGAAAAUGCAGUAUGUUCAGUGUCUUGUCUUGGGACCACCACAACAACUUUAAAGAGCAAUCACCAGUUUAGCCAGUUUAUUCAGAAAUAAGAUCCUUCAUUGUUUUCAUUUAAAUGGGUCCAGAAGGGUGCAUAGUGUGAUAAACUGUUUAUUAUCAUUUGUUUUAUGGAAAAAAGUGCCUUUGAUUCAGAAAAUAUAUAUUUCAGUAGUAAUAGCAACAAUUGGUAUGCCAUAAAGUGGUGAUAGAAAUGUUUCAUUUCAAUUUGAGGUGUGUAUAAUUGACACAACCAAGGAGAAAGGAUUGGUGUUCAAGUACUUAAUAUAAACCCUGCCAAUAUAUACUAUUAUUAUUAUUAUUAUUAUUAUUAAUAGAGUGUGGUGAUGUGUUAAAAGUUCAUAUUUAUUGAUUUCUUGAAUAUCUUGUUACCAUGUAUAUCUAAAGUUUUGUGUGCUUAGUUGUCUCUGGUUCAUGCAUUAAGCUUCACAUAUAUAUAUAUAUAUAUAUAUAUAUAUAUAUAUAUAUAUAUAUAUAUAUAUAUAUAUAUAUAUAUAUAUAUAUAUAUAUAUAUAUAUAUAUAUAUACAGUCAUACCUCACAAUUCGACCUGGAAUGAAUUAAUUCUUUUUACAUUAAUUUGAAUGGGAUAAAUUGCUUCCCAAUUCAAACAUACCCAAUGCAAACAGCCCAAAAGAACCAAUUAAAUUAGAAUUACAAGGUCUCUCUCUCUCUCUCUCUCUCUCUCUCUCUCUCUCUCUCUCUCUCUCUCUCUCUCUCUCUCUCUCUCUCUCUCUCUCUCUCUCUCUCUCUCU